ACUGAUACGAUUCGGGUGAAUGUCUAUUCGAAGCAGUGGAUGUAAUAGAAAAAGCACAAAAUUCUUGCUUAUCAGGCAAUUUAAGCAAGUCUGUUAAUCUCUCAGGUGUCUCUAUCUGUAAAAUGGGGGUUUUGUUAUUUGUCUGCUUCUUGAAGUCAUUACAAGAUUCAAAUUUGACCAGAAUCCUUUAACUUUGGAGUCAGUGAAACAGCUAAUUGCAGAAGGCAAUAAAGAAGAGCUACAGAAAUGUUUCGGGGCUCGCAUGGAGUUUGGGACAGCCGGCCUCCGAGCCGCUAUGGGAGCUGGAAUCGCUCGUAUGAACGACUUGACCAUCAUCCAAACUACACAGGGAUUUUGCAGAUACCUGGAAAAACAAUUCAGUGACCUGAAGCAAAGAGGUGUCGUGAUCAGCUUUGAUGCCCGAGCUCACCCAGCAAGUGGAAGCAGCAGCAGAAGGUUUGCCCGACUUGCUGCAACCACGUUCAUCACUCAGGGGAUUCCUGUGUACCUGUUCUCUGACAUCACCCCGACCCCUUUUGUGCCCUACACAGUGCUGCAUUUGAAACUUUGUGCUGGGAUCAUGAUAACCGCCUCCCACAAUCCGAAGCAAGACAACGGUUAUAAGGUCUACUGGGAGAACGGAGCUCAGAUCACCCAGCCGCAUGACAAAGGGAUCGCCCAGGCCAUCGAGGAGAACCUGGAGCCGUGGCCUCAGGCGUGGGAUGACUCCUUACUUAACGGCAGCCCGCUCCUUCACGACCCCAGUGCUUCCGUCUCUAAGGACUACUAUGAAGACCUUAAGAAAUACUGUUUUCACAGGAGCGUGAACAGGGAGACCAAGCUGAAGUUUGUGCACACCUCCGUCCAUGGCGUGGGUCACAGCUUUGUUCAGUCGGCGUUCCGGGCUUUUGACUUUGUUCCUCCCGAGGCUGUUCCCGAACAGAAGGAUCCCGAUCCUGAGUUCCCAACAGUGAAAUACCCGAACCCCGAAGAGGGUAAAGGUGUCCUGAAUUUAUCUUUUGCUUUGGCUGACAAAAUCAAGGCCAAAGUCAUUUUAGCAAAUGACCCGGAUGCGGAUAGACUUGCUGUGGCAGAAAAGCAAGACAGUGGUGAGUGGAGAGUGUUUUCCGGCAAUGAAUUGGGGGCCCUCUUGGGCUGGUGGCUCUUUACUUGUUGGAGAGAAAAGAACCAAGGCCCCAGUGCCCUCAAGGACACCUACAUGCUGUCCAGCACCGUCUCCUCCAAAAUCCUGCGGGCCAUUGCCUUGAAGGAGGGUUUUCACUUUGAGGAGACAUUAACUGGCUUUAAAUGGAUGGGAAACCGAGCCAAGCAGCUGAUAGACCAGGGGAAGAAUGUCUUAUUUGCAUUUGAAGAAGCUAUCGGAUAUAUGUGCUGCCCUUUUGUUCUGGACAAGGAUGGAGUCAGUGCCGCCGUCAUAAGCGCAGAGUUGGCCAGCUUUCUUGCAACCAAAAAUCUGUCUCUGUCUCAACAGCUGAAGGCCAUCUAUGUCGAGUAUGGCUACCAUAUCACCAAAGCUUCAUAUUUUAUCUGCCAUGACCAAGGCACCAUUAAGAAAUUAUUUGAAAACCUCAGAAACUAUGAUGGGAAGAAUAAUUAUCCGAAAACUUGUGGCAGAUUUGAGAUUUCUGGUAUCAGGGACCUUACCACUGGCUAUGAUGAUGGCCAGCCUGACAAAAAAGCGAUUCUCCCCACUAGUAAAAGCAGCCAGAUGAUCACCUUUACCUUUGCCAACGGCUGCGUGGCCACCAUGCGGACCAGUGGGACGGAGCCCAAAAUCAAGUACUACGCCGAGCUGUGUGCCCCGCCGGGAAACAGUGAUCCUGAGCAGCUGAAGAAAGAACUAAAUGAACUAGUCACCGCUAUUGAAGAACAUUUUUUCCAGCCACAAAAGUAUGACCUGCAGGCAAAAGCAGAGUGAAGUAUCCCAGCCUUGGGCACAAUUGCAUUUACCUACAUUAAGCUGAACUUGAUUUCUUAAUCAUCAUUCGUAAGGGCCAAGUGAUUUAAACUGUCACUACAAGUAUUUAUAUAUUUUUUAAUAGACCUACAUUCCUCAUUGUCUUAUGUUGGAUCUUUAACGUAAAUAAAGGAAAGAUAGAUAAACCUAACACACCAACAUUCCUAUUAAAAGGUUAAGACUCAACAUUAUGAGAAUUUUAAAAAAUGAAGAUUUAAGAAAUACAAUGAAUAUGCUUUAAUUACAGUAAACAACAAAUAUGUUUUUCCUCUAUAAUUCUUUUUAUGAAUAAUUGAAAUAACCAGGAGGCCCUUACAAGUGGGUAAUUUUGGGCUGUCACGUUUUACACACGUAGGCAGACCUCAUCUUAUUGUGCGUCACUUCAUUGAGCUUCACAGGUGUUGUGUUUUUUAAAAACUGAAGGCAAAAGAUUAUGACUCACUUUGUUAAGACACAUUUUAUUACCAGAGUCUGGAACCAAACUCAAAAUAUUUCCGAGGUACUCUAGUAUAUACAAGGGGUGGGCAAAAGUAAGUUUACAAUUCUGUUCAAAUAGAAAAUAAUAAAAUAAUCAGUAAGUAAUACAAGAACAAAAUGUUGCACAUUUUCACAACUGUAUACUUACUUUUGCCCACUGCUGGGUAUUUCUAUCAGUUGUUUAUAAAGUAAAAUAAAUGAACAGAUCAAGUAUUGUGUUUAUGUUUAGGAAAAAUACAAUUUACAGAAACCUGU